CCUUCCCCGCGCCAGAAGCUGCUUUGGGGUCAGUCAGAAGGGGCAGCCCCCCCCCCCACCUUCCUGUAUCAGCACCGAGCUAAAAUCCUGGCCUGGAUCAGGCCCCUGGCUCUGGGGAGAGGCAGCUACCCCCCCCCCCCAUUGCCUGACCCCCCCCCCCGCACUGCUUUGAAACUCACCCCCUCUGACCUCCAAUCCAGGCUGGAUAUUUGACACCCCACUUCCCAGCCUGGGAUGAACCCCGGAUAGGGAGGAGCGAGGUGCUGGCUCUUGGGGGUGCUGCCGGGGUACAGCAUCACAGCAGCCGGAGGGGAGAGCCCCCGGCACUCAGAUCCCCCCGAUAUUUUGGGGGUGGAUUUGCCUUAGCCAUCCGGGCUCAGCCUCAGGACCCCCCCAGCUGGGAGGUCGGAGCCGGCGUGGACCGCUGAGUUGUGGCAUUAGCCAGCUUGGCCCCCCCCAACCCCGACCUGAGCCCAGACCCCCGCCCAGCCGGACGCUCCUGAAGGUUUAUGGCUUGCUGGAACCAAAGCGUGAGCCGGGCCCCCUGACAGUGCCAUGGAGCGCCUGCUGCUCUACGCCCUGGCCCUCUGCCUGGGCCCCUCCCAUGCCCAGCUGUGCCCCCCCCGCUGCACGUGCCAGAACCUGUCCCCCUCGCUGGCCGUCCUGUGCGCCCGCGCCGGGCUGCUCUUCGUGCCCGGGCUCCUCGACCGGCGCACGGCCGAGCUGCGGCUGACGGACAACUUCAUCGCGGCCGUGCGGCGCCGGGACUUCGCCAACAUGACGCGCCUGGUGCACCUGACCCUCUCCCGCAACGCCAUCCGCCAGCUGGUGCCCUUCGCCUUCGCCGACCUGCGCGGCCUGCGGGCCCUCCACCUGGACGGCAACCGCCUGCCGGCCAUCGGGGCCCAGCAGCUCCGGGGCCUGCCCAACCUGCGCCACCUUAUCCUGGGUAACAACCAGCUGCAGGCCGUGGCGCCCGGCGCCUUCGACGACUUCGCCGGCACCCUGGAGGACCUGGACCUGUCCUACAACAACCUGGCCCGGCUGCCCUGGGAGACCAUCCGUCGCCUUAGCAACGUCAACUCCCUCAGCCUGGACCACAACCUCAUCGCCCACGUGCCCCAAGGCGUCUUCGCCAACCUGCACAAACUGGCCCGGCUGGACAUGACCUCCAACCGGCUGAAGAAGAUCCCCCCGGACCCGCUUUUCCUCCGCCUGCCCGUCUAUGCCAAGUCGAAGGGCUCGCCCCUCUCCUCCCUGGUGCUCAGCUUCGGGGGUAACCCCUUGCACUGCAACUGCGAGCUUCUCUGGCUCCGGCGCCUGGCGCGCGAGGACGACCUGGAGACCUGCGCCUCGCCGCCCGAGCUCCUGGGCAAGUACUUCUGGAGCGUCCCCGAGGAGGAGUUUGUCUGCCAGCUGCCUGUCAUCACCCACCACACGGGCCGGCUGGUGGUGACGGAGGGCCAGGCGGCCACCUUGCGCUGCCGCGGGGCGGGCGACCCCGAGCCAGCGGUGCACUGGCUCUCUCCGGAGGGGAAGCUGGUGGCCAACGGCUCCCGGACGCUGGCCUACGAGAACGGCAGCCUGGAGAUCCUGGUGGCCGCCGUCCAGGACGCCGGCGCCUUCACCUGUGUGGCUUCCAACGCUGCCGGCGAGGCCACCGCCUCCGUGGAGCUGCAGGUCAGCCCCUUGCCCCAGCUCGCCGACGGCACCCGCCCCCCAGCACCCGGGCCCUCCGAUAUCCUCACCUCGGCCAAGGCGGGCGCCAACGGGAGUGCCACCCCGCGAGAUGGGGGAGUCCUGGCCUCCGAGCUCUCGGCGUCCUCCGCCCUCAUUCGCUGGGUCCCGCCGCGGCCCGGGCCCGGCGUCCGCAUGUACCAAAUCCAGUACAACAGCUCCUCCGAUGAGACCCUGGUGUACAGGAUGAUCCCCCCGCCCAGUAGGGCCUUCCUGGUGAAGGACCUGGCGGCGGGGCGGGCCUACGACCUGUGCGUGCUGGCCGUCUACGACGACGGGGCGACGGCGCUGACGGCCACCCGCCCCCUGGGCUGCGUCCGCUUCAGCACCCAGCCCGGCUCCCCGCAGUGCCGCUCCCUGCACGCCCACUUCCUGGGCGGCACCAUGAUCAUCAUCAUCGGCGGGAUCAUCGUCGCCUCCGUCCUGCUCUUCAUCAUCAUCCUCAUGAUUCGCUACAAGGUCCACGACGGGAACAAGAAGGCCCAGGUCAGCAACGUCUGUUCCCAGACCAACGGCGGGCAGCCCCCGGCCUCCCGGGCGCAGGAUGGGGCCGACGACAGGGCCAGGGAACUCAACGGGGUGGCCCCGAGCAAGGACUGCGAGAAGGGGCUGGCCACCCGUGGCCAAGAGGCGGGUGCGGGGGAGACACCCUCUCCCAGGAGGAGGAAGUGGUCAAGGACUAGUCUAGACCUCCAGAGCAAGUGCCCCGUGCCCGGCCGAGCCGAGGAACAAGCCCCCCCGGAGGCGGUGCCCCCCAUGGGUGAGAGGAGACGGGCCAGUGAAUGGACCGAUGUGAAGAUCUGAGCAUCUCACCCAGCAGGAGAGUGGCUGAGCCAUCAGGGCACCCUCAGGUGUGGGUGUCCCUCAUCCAGGGAGGCCAGGCGGGGGGGAGGCCGGGAGCUGCUGCGCCGAGCGUCUCCACUGGGGGCACUGUCACUCUUUCAUCUGCAGCGGGUGAUGUGGGGGAGCCGGGGGCGUCACACGGACCCUCUGCCUGCACCUAAGAGUUGAGCAGUGGGUGCCAAGAUUGCCCACAGUGACUCUGGAUUGACCCUGGCGGGCUGAGAUCAGAACCCGCCUGGCCCCAUUGCAAUCAUGGAGUGACUCCUGAUUGAGCCCAGAGGGCUGAGAUCAGAAUCCGGCCUGGCCCCAUUGCAGUCAGGGGGUGACUCUGGAUUGACCCCAGAGGGCUGAGAUCAGAACCCGGCCUGGCCCCAUUGCAUUCGGUGGUUUCAGACCCAUAGGCUGAGGGGAUCAGAGUGGCAGGAUCUGCUGGGGCCACUGGGGCUCCGUUGUGCCCCUCUCCAGCCCCUCUCUGCCCCCUCCCUGCCCCACAUCCUCAAGGUCCAUCUCUGCCCAGCCUCACUCUUUCUUCUUCUCUCUCCAGAUCCCCGUGGUCACCGGAAGCAGUGGGGCCCCCCUCCCUGCCCCCUCGGGGUUCCCAUUUCACGCCCACCACCCAGCAGCCUGGACCAUAUGGGACCCUGGGAGCCGGACUGGGCCCCUUCCUCCUCCCCCCCGGAACGGGGCCUGUGAGGGGGUGUGCCCAGACAGGUGGGCUUUUCAAGGACCCCGUUUCUCCAGGGGAUGGUGCCGCCCACCCUUGCCCUAGCUCAGGGUUUGUCCUGGGCCAGCCAUGCUGGGGGAGGGGGGGUCCCGCUACACCACCCGCCCCCUGAACCCCGGUUCUUGCCUGCAGCCUUGGCAGGUGUUUUUCUAUGACACCCCCCCACACACGCGUUUUCGAACGGUGUCUAUAAUUUUCUAAUAAACUUGCCUGCUCCGAGUGGGCCCUGGCUGGGAGCUGUCACUGGACCCGGGGGAUCACUAGCGGGGCUGGG